UGACAUGUGAUAAUUUAUAUAACGACAACGAAAUGGGUUUAUCGAUGUAUGAAAUAUCCGGGUAGUUUAUUAUAUACCAGUCCGCGGUAAAUACCAAUCCGCGGUUAGAUAGCAAAUGUGACGGACUUUAUUUCGUACUUUUAGAGAGAAAACAAUGUCGUCUGCGACAGGAAUUUUUCUGCUGGUGACGCUGGCGGCAGCCUGUUCUGUCGCUGAAGGAUGGUGGUGGAACUUUGAUUGGAGUACCGAGGAACCCGCCAACUGUCCGCACGAAAAUCACGACACUCACAAAUGUUCCACUCUGGAGUCAAUGAAUGCCACGUGCAUAUCGAUCAAAUGCUGUGAUGAGUUCGGUGACGACGAGGAUUACUACGAAUAUGAUGACGACGCUUCAUCGGAAUCUGAAGAGGUUUACUAUAUUGGCAAAGUUUCAGAUUCGUGCAGUGCGUGUUACACAGUGAAACCUUGUUCUAUAUACAAAUGCUACACGAGAUGCUGUGAUGGAUAUGAGACGGACUUCUACGGACGUUGCAGAAACAAGACCGGCAAUAUUCAGUGUCAAAAUGGUGGAUCGCCGAUGCCUAACUUCUGGGGACAAUACACUUGUACUUGUCCGAGUGGUUUCUAUGGCAAAAGUUGCGAAAUCCCGAUUUGUCAUUGUGAAAAUGGCGGUGAAUGUGUAGUAAAGGACGGCCAACCAUUCUGCAACUGUUCCUACGGCCACUCUGGUGAGCGAUGCGAGCAUUCCUUGUGUGAUACUGAGUGCAAAAAUGGAGGCAGGUGCCACAGAAAUGGCACGCACGAGUUCUGCGAAUGUCCACAUAACUACGUCGGCAAGUACUGCGAACAUUACUUCGAUCAGCCCAGCACGUGCCCGGUACCAGAAUACAGGCACCCAUACUGUGCGACAUACUGCACGGGAAAUUCGAACUGUAAUGGAGAUGAGGUUUGCUGCAAGGAGGGCUGUACUACCAAGUGUCGUAAACCAAAGGCAGAGUAUUGUGUGCAUAAUUACAGGCGGUACAAGAUCGGUGAAAGUUUCAAACCGGACGCAUGCACGAACUGUAUGUGCACCAGUACAGGGAGAGCGGUGUGUAGUUCUACGGAUUGUGAAUAUACCAGUCGAUGUUCAGAUGGUAGCAGACCGGAAACCAAACCAGGGCAGUGCUGUCCGUCUUGUCCAGACAAACCGUCGCACAAGCCCCCUGUAAUUUACGGGUGUCCCACUGGUGUUCUGUUCGUAAACACGACAACCUACGACGAUUUGGUCAGUCUCAGCGAGAGGAAUACAUUUAUCAGAUCUUCGGACUAUAACAACAGAAGACUCGAGGUGAAAUUCAAACCAAGUUAUGUACGUCACUGCCAGUGUAAAAAUCCACAGACAAAGGCGACCGCGGUCCAAGCUUACGCAAGAGACAAUUAUGGUAAUGUCGCCACGUGUACUUUCAAGGUGGCUGUGUUGGACGUAUACACACCAAAAUUCAGAAAUUGUCCGGAAGAUAUUUACGUUUUCGAGAAUGAAGUCGUACAGUGGGAAGAACCCUCCUAUUAUGACAAUGUGGGCGUGGCCGAUAAAACAUGCACAGACUCCAAGAACGGAAAGCGGUUUCCUGUCGGAGAGUACACUCUGACCUAUCAGAUCUGGGACUAUGAUAGAAACACUGCUUUCUGUCGAUUCCAUGUAUCAGUCACCCCUGAAGACACAGACAUCGACCUUAUGCCCCAGGGACUUCGGGACAGAUCCAAGGACAAAACUCAUGUGAUGUUGAUAGUGGGACCAAUUGUCGGUGCCGCUAUUAUUAUCCUUGUUGUGGUCCUACUGUUGUUGUGCUGCAGACGACACCGUGCGUCACGUGCUGGUAAUGCACGCGGACAGGGCCGCCAAAUUCCUGCCUAUGACAACAACAUCUACGCAACUCCCGGAGAUAUCAGUGUCAAGUUACCACCCUACAGUAACCUACCAAUGAACCCACCACCUUACACCAUCACUGGAUCAGAGAAGGACGUCACGUACAUGUCCAUAGCACCACCGAGCUACACCAACCCUGGGUAUGAGACACUGAAAGUGCAUCUUCAGAGAUCAGAAUCUGUGAAGUCGACAAAGUCGGAGAAAUCAGAUAAGGAGCCGGAGAAAUCAGAUAAGGAGCCGGAGAGUGCAAAAUAAAGAGAAACGACUGAGUAAGGAGUCGAAUUCAGAUGGACAUACAAGUCGUGUUUGUAUGAAAAAUAAAAAAAAAACAUAUUUGUUUACUAAUAUACAAGUUGUACAUAAAAAAUAUACAACGGUAGUAUGAAGUCAUAUGUACACUAUAUGUAAAAUACUUGACGUUUUGCUUAAUCCAUUUUAUAUGGCCUUUCUUUUUUGUUUUACUCAUUAGUUGUUAUUUCUAAACGCUUUUAUUAAACCACAAUUAUGUACUGUCAUACCAUGUACUUGUAUAGUUUCAAGCUUUGCCAUUUAUUCUCCAAGAAAGGCACGUACAGUUUUAUUAGUCAGGUUUUUUUUUUUCGAUCUGGGUGCCAAACUAUCUCAUGGUGACGAAACGCUUUAGUAUUUUACAAGUUCUAUAUACAACUCUAUUACAAUAUUUUUACAAAUACAUGUAACAAAAGUAUUUGUUUAAUUGAAGGCAAUAGAUAACUGUAAUUUCUGGAGUUUCAUGGUUUUGUACAUAAAGUUAUUGCAUGCUUUAAAGUAAAUCGUUCACAGUUGGGUUGACUAUGUCAAUUUCUUCAUUUUCGUGUAGUUAGAUACAAUAUGUAUAUUGCUAAAUGCAAAAGAAAUUGAAACAGGGACUUGAUAUUUGUGAAAACUGGAGAAAGAAUGUAAUUUCAUCAUACACUGAACUCCUUCCAUUGCCAUACAAUAAAAUACUGAGAUGACUUUUAUAUUUACUGUAAAAAUGCGAAACCUUUGCUUGAUAAGGCACCAUUUAUAUGGCUCACAAAAAUCUCUGUGAUAUGCAUAAUAAUGAAAUAAUAUCGUAUACUUAACUCACAUGUUUUUCCUUAUUGUAAUUUAGAUAUUUUCAGAUAUAUAGAUAAUUAAUCUAAGUUUAUUUCCUUGUAUAUCUGAUGUUCUUUUUACAAUUGUUAAUGAAUAUGUUACAGAAUGUAUAUACUUGCACAGUGUGGUUUUAAUUGUAUUCAGUGCUUUUUAUAAAUAAAUUUUGUUAAAAAGA